AAAAAACCUCCCCCAAACCCUAGAGACCAGACCUCAUUCUUUCAUCUCCCUUGUCUCUCUCCCAUCUCCCACUCAAACCCUAGCCGCCCAAGAAUCCUCCGCUAGUGGCCCACCUUUAAACACCUUCAAACCUUCACCAGAUAAUCUUCACCUCCCCCUCUCCUUAAAUCUCCUAGUCAUUCCCUUCAAAUCAUUGUAUAUUUGUCCAAUUUUCAAAUCUAAAAAAAAAGCAGAAAACCCUAAGUUUGUCUCUUUCUUAAUCUGUAAUUCGUUUUGGCUCACUCUUAACACGAGCAACAUGUUAGUUUUGGUUCAUUCCGAAACUCACCGGAGCUUCGUCAAACAGUCACUGACCGGCCAAAUCUUAUCGAAAAUCGUUUCAAUGGCUUUGUCUUUCUUUCAAUAGGUAUACCCUUGCCUCACUCUAUCACGUUUUCAUUUUUUUUUGUCGUUGGUUAAAAAGCAGUUUGUAGUCAUUAUGGCAUUUAAUUGAGAGUAUUUCCGUUUCUUUGAUUUAAUUUUAACCAGAAUGGUGUAGUUCUUAAUUAAUUGCAGCCUUUGCAUUCAUAGUUUGUUAAUUAUUUAGUUAUAUGUUUAGGGUAAAUAAUUAAUUGCGUGAUUUAGUAGUUCAACUACAAGAUAAUUAGUAUAAUUGCGUAAAUUUAGAUUAAUUGGUCCAGAUUCGAUUGGGAAUUGAAGCAGGUUAUUGAUUGAGUCUGUUUGAGUAUGUUUGCUCUUUUGAAGGGGUUCAUUUGUAAUUAAUAAAAGUUUCAAGGGGUCAAAAGAAUAUGAAAAUUAGAGAAUCUUUCUGUUAUUUGAUAGGAAGCCUCUAGAAGGGGUCAAAAUGUAAUAAGACAACUGAAAUUAGGGUUAAAAAGGGUGAAUUUUCAGAAGCUAAAGGUUUGAAAAAUAAGAAAAAAUAUCUGAAAAUGACAGUUGUCCAUUUCAGUUGCAAAAGAUGCUAAUUCUCUAAUUUUUAGGAAGCUGGCAGAAUAUUCUCACACCCUCUCUCGCUCUCUCGUAAGGCACCCUUCAUUUUUAUGCAUAAAAACUCAUUUACAUUCUCUUUUUUAGGCAAUUUUUAUCUUGGCAUUCUUCAUUAAAACACACUCACCUAAAAGAAGAGCUAAAAAAACAUUUUUGGAUAAAAGAGAUUGAAUUUUCCAAAAAAGUUGUGGUUGUUUCAAAAGCAGUAUUCUUCUACUGUGUUUCUGGUUUUCUUCAAGGACUGUUCUGGUUCAAUUCUUGUUGAUUUGCUGCUUAAUUCCUGAACUUUCAAAACUGAAUCAAGCUGUUAAGGAACCUGCUUGUGGCUGACUUAUUGGAUCUGCUUAGCUGAACUUCUCCUUAAACAUCUCCAAACCUUUGUUUGGUCAAGGCUUCACGAUUUUCAUGCAAAUAGGUUUGCUGAACGAUAUAGAAAUUCCUUUUGUUAACAUACUGUAUGUUAAGCUACGUGGUGGUUCGAACUUAGGCCUGUAAUUUAUUUAAGGUUCAUCUGGAUUGUUAAAGUUACUUGAUAUGCCAUCCUCUCCAGAUAUAGAGGAAUAUCAAAGUGAAAUAAUAAAAGAAUAUAUGCAAGCCGAUAUUGAAGAAGGACAAGUGUAUCAGGACAAGCAAACUGUAGCUGCUGCAAUGAAGCACUUUUCUGUGGUGCACAAGUUCCAGCUACUGGCUUGUAUGUGUUGGUGAAAACUGUAAAUGGCACUUCAAGGCAACAUCAAUUAAUGAUUCCGCAAUGUUCAAGAUAAGGAGUUUCAACCGACAACACACAUGCUCUUUAAUGGACGAAACAUUCAUACAGCGCAAACGUACUGCAUCUGUAGUUGGUAGCAUGGUCAUUCCAAAGUAUUGUGAUCCAAAAACUGUGUACACACCAAAGGAGAUACAGACUGACAUGUUAGCAGAACACGGAGUGAACCUAAGCUACAUGCAAGCAUGGAGAGCAAAGGAAAAGGCUUUACAAUUUUUGAGAGGGAAUCCGGCUGACUCCUACAGCAAAUUACCCAAAUAUUUUUAUAUUCUUGAGGAGACUUAUCCUGGUUCUCAUGUUAAAUUGAAAAAGACAACAGAUGAAUGCUUCUUGUACGCAUUUGUUGCUCUUUCUACAUCAAUAAGUGGUUGGCAACAUUGUACGCCAGCAGUAGUUGUUGAUGGGACAUUCUUAAAGUCAGCCUACAGGGGAAUUAUGCUGACUGCAAGCACCAUGGAUGCAGCAGGUACAAUAUUGUUCUUGGCAUAUGCUGUGGUUGAUUAUGAAAAUGAUGCAUCUUGGAAGUGGUUCUUUGAGCAAUUCAAGCAGGUAUAUGGUGAAAGACCUUCAAUGUGUGUUGUUUCAGAUAGAAAUGAGAGUAUAAUGAAGGCAACAUCAAUUGUUUAUCCGGGCAUGCCACACUACUCUUGUAUGUGGCGUAUUUGGACAAAUAUAAGGUCAAAAUUCAAGAAGGGUCAUCUACAAUUACAUGAAUUGUACUUUGCUAUAGCAGGGUCAUACACUCUGGAUGAUUUUAAUGAAAGGAUGUCGAAGAUUGAAGAGAUAGACCCUCGUGUUAAAUCAUACCUCUAUGAUAUUGGCUAUCAUAGAUGGUCAAGAGUACAUGCAACGGUAAAUAGAACUUGGACUAUGACAUCAAACAUUGCAGAGUCAUUGAAUGCUGUAACAAAAUAUGCAAGAGAGCUGCCAAUAUUUGACCUAUUAGAGUAUAUGAGGGCGCUUCUUGAAACUUGGACGAAAGAGAAGUUAUUGAAGGCUAAGGGUAUCUUCACAUACCUUGGUUACAAAUUCAACAAAGAAUUGGAGAAAAAUAGUACAUUAUCUCAGAAACUUAGGGUGAGGGCUUCGACAGAUUAUAUACAUACUGUGUUGGAUGGUGUGAAGCGGUACAUUGUGUGUCUAGAAAAUAAGAUAUGCAGCUGUGGCCAAUUCCAACUUGAAGAACUUCCAUGUGCGCAUGCUUUGGCUGCAUUAAGGCACAUGCAUGAAACAUACGAAAAUUAUUGCUCUCCAUAUUACACAAGGGAGAGCCUUCUGCGUACGUAUGAAAUACCAGUAAAUCCUCUUCCCGAUGAAAGCAAAUGGAAUGUGCCACAACAUAUUUUGGAUGAGGUAGUAAAGCCACCGAGUGGAGAUAAAAGGCAGCCAGGCAGACCUCAAAAGGAAAGAUAUAAAACACAUGAUGAAAUAAAGUCUAAGAAGUACAAGGUGUCAUGCGGAAAUUGUGGAGGUGAAGGGCAUAACAAAAGAUCUUGCAAGAAUGCUCCCAAAAAGAAAUGA